GAAAAAAUCGAUAAUGCUUUUUUCGUGAGCAUUGAUCGAUCGAUCAAGUGAGAAGAAGAAGAGAAACUUGAAUAUCGUAUAUAUAUAUAUAUAUAUAUAGAUGCGACAGUCUGACGAAACCUUUCCCUUGCUAUUGGACUUGCCAGACGGACAACGACGACAACUGCAAGUUUCCGUUUAUGAUACUAUAGGAGACGUGAAGAAGAAGCUUUGCGAAGAAUUCCACUUCAUAGAUAUGCUUCAUUUUCACUUUGGAAAUAUAGAAUUGCAAGACAAUAAGACUCUCUAUGACUAUGGAAUUCCCGAAAUAUACGAACAAACAGAGUCUUUGCUUCGUAUGAUUGAAUUAGGUGGUUUGGAUCCUCAAAAGAAACCAGAAGCUCUCGAGAGAAUGUGCAUUGUAGUGGAGUCCAUGAAGAAUGGAGUAACGGACCCAAAAGAAUUAGUCAGUGUAGUGAAGAGAGACUCGAAAAUAACGGAGACUAACGCAAGGACUGGUAAUGCUAACCGUCACGAACAGUCAAGUUGUUCCAAACAAGCUCAAUCGAACGUAGUUCAACCUCCUACUUCACCUCGUUCUUUUACUAGUGUUACGAAACAAGGCAAUAGUCAGACUUCAGCUGUGGGGUUUCAUAGUGCAGUAUCUUCUUCGAAUGUGGACACAAAACCUUCGAUAAUAAGUCCCAAGUUACCUUUGGAGAGAUUGGACGAACCGAAUACUUUAGUGGAUAACAAUGACGAUUUAUUUGCUCGUUUAACGGAUUACUUUCCAGAUUUGUUUACUCCAAAAGGUCUAUCCUCUUUACGUUCUGGAGCUACACCUCGAGCUUGGACUACUCCAAGGGAUACUGGUUUCCAUAUGGAAGAGUCUUCUCUUGUUUCUUCUCCAGUUGAUUGGGUAACUGGUACAAAUGAUAACCAUUCUCUACUUGGCUCUCAGGCAAUCAAGGAUAAUGCACCUAAUUGGAUUCGAGAGUUUACCUCGAAUUGGAAUGUUUUGCCUCAAGAUAGAAAUGAAAAGAGUCCAAAGAGGAGAAGUCGACAAACGGAAGCCAAUUCAAGUGUUUAUGACUCUUUUCAAAACAGUGGAGAUGAGCAUGAGAAUUUAUCUGUUUCUAAUGACUCGAGUUCAGAUAGAGAGGAAUUGUUGGAAUGCAAGAGUGGAGAAUAUUCAACCAAUCAGUCUACUUAUAGUGGAAGCCAUUCAGACAAUACGAACAGCAAUCAUAACAAUCCAACUCUGGAUGAUGAUCAUAUAUCCAAUAUGGAAAAGCAUGAAACAAGAACAGUAAAGAGGCGAGGUCGAAAGAGAAAACAUCCAGAAAUGACGGAAGAAGAACGGAAAGCAUAUCGAGCUAUGCAAAAUCGUAGAAGUGCGGAACGUUCUCGUCAAAGAAAAAAAAUACAACAAGAGGCUUAUCAGAAACGUAUGGAAGAACUUUGUACAGAAAACGACGAAUUGAGAAGUACAGUGCAAGCAUUACAAGAAAGUAAGGGAACUAUUGAUAUUUUGUUUUCUUUCUAAGGAUGAUAUUGUAUAGGACUUGAGUAUUUGGAAAAU